AUGAACACACAGGACGGCGGAGGGAUGGAGCACAAGGAAGGGGAGCCCUCCAAGGACGGGACCACUGUCUCCCCAGCCGCAGAGGCCCCGGUGACGCAGGGAGGUGGAGCCUCUGCAGAAAAGGAGGCCAAAGCCACAGCGGAGAAGAUCCUCAAAGAGGGGCCUCCGGAAAGAGCACUGGCCGAGGCCAGCACGUCAGCUGAAUUUCAAGGGGAAGCAAACGGGUGGGAUGAGGUCAAGGUAGAAGCCAAAGGGGAGGCAGAACUUCACAGGGAGGGCGGCGGGAAGGAAGAGAUCACGGCGGCUCCUCAGGAGACCGCUGAUGGGAAGGAAGAGACCCAGCUUGACCCCAAGGAGGCCAAGGAAGGGCAGGAGACCACGCCGGCCUCCGAGAAGCAGCAGGCUGACGAGAAGCAGGCCGAGCCUGAAUCUAGGGAGGAAGCCCGUGUGAGUGAGGAGGCCAAGGCUGAGCCCAAGCAGGCCACUGGGGAGCGGGAGGCCGAGACUGGGGCCGAGGAGGCUGAUGGGAAGGAGGAGGCCACAGCGGCCUCUCAGGAGGAGAGCGACAAGCCAGAGGGGCCUGGAGCGGAAGCUCAAGGGAAAGCGGGUGCCCCAGAGGCCGGGUCGGACUUGGAGACGAAGGCUGCCGUGGAAGAGGAGGAGGCCGAGGCUGAGCCUCAGGAGGCUGACGUGAAGGAGGCGGAGUCAGGUGGUCCCCAGGAAGAGCAGGACCAGGGUGUGGAGAGAGAGUCGGAGGAAGGAGCAGGAGUGAUUCCCAGCUCCCCCGAGGAGUGGCUGGAGAGCCCCAAGGAGGAGGGCAGUGGCCUCAGCCCAGGUGGGUUGGGUCCAGACACCGCAGCAGCUUCGGGAGAGACCAGUCCUUCGGCCAGUGAGUCUUCACCCAGCGAUGCACCCCAGACUCCCACGGAGCCUCCUCCCUCACAGGAGAAGAAGAAAGAGAAGGCACCGGAGCGCAGGGUGUCGGCCCCUGCCCGGCCCCGGGGGCCCCGUGCACAGAACCGCAAAGCCAUCGUGGACAAGUUCGGAGGGGCAGCCUCGGGCCCCACGGCCCUGUUUCGAAACACGAAGGCAGCGGGGGCAGCCAUUGGCAGUGUCAAGAACAUGCUCUUGGAGUGGUGCCGGGCCAUGACCAGAAACUACGAGCACGUGGACAUCCAGAACUUCUCCUCCAGCUGGAGCAGUGGCAUGGCCUUCUGCGCCCUCAUCCACAAGUUCUUCCCCGAUGCCUUCGACUACGCUGCCCUGGAGCCCUCACAGCGCCGACACAACCUCACCCUGGCCUUCUCUACCGCUGAGAAACUGGCCGACUGUGCCCAGCUGCUGGAGGUGGACGACAUGGUGCGGCUGGCAGUGCCCGACUCCAAGUGCGUCUACACCUACAUCCAGGAGCUGUACCGCAGCCUGGUGCAGAAGGGACUGGUGAAGACCAAGAAGAAAUGAGGAGCUGACCGGCGCUGCAGGCGGAGGGGGGCGGGACGCCCGGCUGACCGGCCACGGCCCCCCGAGGCCGCUGGAGCUGGGGCUCGAGCGAGGGCAGGUGGCAUCAGUCUUAAACGCAUUAAAGGUACUUUUGUAAAAUCCUGUCUGGCCCUUCGGUGCACCCUACACCCCCCCACCCAGGAACCUCGCUCACUCUGGGGUAAUGAAGCCCGGCCGCCGGGCUUCCUCACCGGACACGAUCUUCUCAACAACCACGACACCGUUCGGGAAAGUACGAGGGCCUGGGUCCCACCACUAAGCAGCUGUGUGACCUCAGACCAGUGAGUUAACCUCUCUGAGCCUCAGUUUACCAUCUGAACAGUCACACCUCGUGGACCUGUUGGGAGGGUUAAACGAGACGAUGAAAUGAAUGGAAAGCUUUGCCCGGUGCCUGUCACAUCAAGUGUUCGAUAAGUGAGGCCGAAAGUAAA